GAGUUUUUUUUCUCCCUCAUUAUGGCGGAGGGGCCAGCCGUGCGGAUGGACCGUCUCUCCCACUCUGAUGCUUGUUUUGUGUCUUGAGGGAGGGCGUCUUGUUUUUAUUUUUUUUCUACACUCUCCCACGACGGCCCGGUGUUUUUUCAGCUAGACUGCGCUCGUGUUUAUCGGCGGAGUCAUGGCAGACCGCGGCGUGGAUUUGUCCGCCCUGCCAAAAGAGGUUAGAGACCAGUUGGCGGAGUUGGAUCUGGAGCUGUCUGAAGGUGACAUCACGCAGAAGGGCUUUGAGAAGAAGAGAGCCAAGCUGCUGGCCUCCUACAUCCCCCAUUUGCCAAAUGUGGGUCUAUCUCUGCCAGAUGUGCAGCUUUCCCCGGGCCACAGCUCCGACCCCAGUCCGAGUCCUGAGGCCCCGGGUCCCUCCACAUCUUCAGCCUCCAGACACCACCGCACACACCGCAGUGGAGGGGCCAGAGAUGAGCGCUAUAGAUCAGACAUCCACACAGAGGCCGUGCAGGCAGCACUGGCCAAACACAAAGAAGAGAAGAUGGCACUGCCCAUGCCAACCAAGAGACGCUCAGCCUUUGUCCAGUCUCCCAUAGAUACCUGCACACCUCCAGACACAUCUUCUGCAUCAGAGGAUGAAGGCUCACUGCGCAGAAAGGCAGCUCUCAGCGCAGUGCUAGCCCAGAGCCUGCAGAGCCCCGAUUACUGGAUCAACCGUUCCGUCCAAAGCUCCUCCACGUCCUCAUCCGCUUCCUCCACCCUCUCCCAUGGAGAGCCCAAGACGCAGCCACAGCCCCAGCUCCAGCCUGCUGUUUCCCUGUUGGCCGAUGUACUGGCCCACACACGCAUAGAAAACAGUGUCCCCCCAGAUGUGACAUCCUCCACUUCCCAGGAGAGAGGGUCCAGGGUGGACCUGCCUCCGGCGGUCAGGGGCAUGAGCCGUGGACAGAGCCGCUCUAGCAUGCUGGAUACCGCUGACGGCGUGCCUGUCAACAGCAGGGUGUCCACUAAGAUCCAGCAGCUGUUGAACACACUCAAACGACCCAAAAGACCGCCACUCAGCGAAUUCUUCCUGGAUGACUCUGAGGAAAUUGUAGAAGUUCCCCAGCCGGACCCCAACACCCCGAAGCCUGAAGGACGUCAAAUCAUCCCAGUGAAGGGCGAGCCCCUCGGUGUUGUCAGUAACUGGCCUCCUGCCCUGCAGGCUGCCCUGGCCCGCUGGGGGGCCACGCAGGCCAAGAGCCCUGCCCUCACUGCUCUGGAUAUCACUGGCAAACCCCUGUACACACUCACAUAUGGCAAACUAUGGAGUCGCAGUCUGAAGCUGGCCUAUACGCUGCUGAAUAAACUGGGCACCAAGACAGAACCUGUACUACAGCCUGGAGAUCGAGUGGCGCUGGUGUACCCAAACAGUGACCCCGGCAUGUUCUGGGUGGCUUUCUAUGGCUGCCUGUUGGCCGAGGUCAUCCCUGUGCCCAUUGAAGUACCGCUGUCACGACAGGAUGCAGGCAGCCAGCAGAUUGGCUUCCUACUGGGGAGUUGUGGUGUUAGUCUGGCGCUGACUAGUGAGGUGUGUCUCAAAGGACUGCCCAAGACACCGAACGGAGAGAUCAUCCAGUUCAAAGGAUGGCCAAGGAUGAAAUGGGUAGUGACAGACACCAAGUACCUGACCAAACCAUCCAAAGACUGGCAGCCUCACAUCCCCACUGCCAACACAGACACUGCCUACAUAGAGUACAAAGCGAGUAAGGAGGGGACGGUGAUGGGAGUCGCUGUGUCCAAGAUCUCCAUGCUGACCCACUGUCAAGCUCUGACCCAGGCCUGUAACUACUGUGAAGGGGAGACUCUGGUCAACGUGUUGGACUGCAAGAAGGAUAUGGGAAUGUGGCACGGCGUCUUAACGAGUGUUAUGAACAGAAUCCACACGAUCACAGUACCGUAUGCUGUCAUGAAAGCCUGUCCCAUGUCCUGGGUGCAGAGGGUCCACAUUCACAAAGCUCGUGUGGCCUUGGUGAAGUGCCGUGACCUUCACUGGGCUAUGAUGGCCCACAAGGAUCAGAGGGACACCAACCUGUCCUCCAUACGAAUGCUCAUAGUGGCUGAUGGAGCAAACCCAUGGUCUGUGUCGUCAUGUGAUGCCUUCCUGAAUGUGUUCCAGUCUCAUGGUCUGAAGCCUGAGGUCAUCUGUCCGUGUGCAACCUCUCCUGAGGUGCUGACUGUGGCCAUACGCAGGCCUGGUGCACGAGGAGCUCCUCUGCCAGCCAGGGCCAUCCUGUCCAUGGGCGGGCUGAGCCACGGGGUGAUCAGAGUGAACACAGAGGACAAAAAUUCUGCUCUCACUGUUCAGGAUGUGGGCCACAUCAUGCCUGGAGCUCUGAUGUGCAUUGUGAAGCCAGAUGGGCCUCCUCAGCUGUGCAAGACAGAUGAAAUAGGAGAGAUAGUGAUCAACUCUCGAGCUGGAGGCACUAUGUACUACGGCCUGCCUGGUGUCACCAAAAACACAUUUGAGGUGAUCCCUGUGAACCAGGCUGGAGCACCUAUAGGAGAAAUUCCCUUCACUCGCACUGGUCUGCUUGGAUUUGUAGGACCAGGCAGCCUGGUGUUUGUUGUGGGGAAGAUUGAAGGGCUGCUGAUGGUGAGCGGGCGACGCCACAACGCAGACGACCUGGUGGCCACUGCGCUCGCAGUGGAGCCUGUCAAAACAGUUUACAGGGGGAGGAUCGCUGUGUUCUCAGUGACAGUGUUUUAUGAUGAGAGGAUAGUGAUCGUGGCAGAGCAGAGACCUGACGCCAGUGAGGAGGACAGCUUCCAGUGGAUGAGUCGAGUACUGCAGGCCAUUGACAGUAUCCACCAGGUUGGCCUGUACUGCCUCGCGCUCGUCCCAGCCAACACCCUCCCAAAGACGCCUCUCGGAGGCAUCCACAUCUGUGAAACCAAGCAGAACUUUCUGGAGGGAAACCUGCACCCCUGCAACAUCCUCAUGUGUCCACACACCUGUGUUACCAACAUGCCCAAACCACGCCAGAAACAGCCAGUGGAUGUUGGUCCAGCUUCUAUGCUGGUCGGCAACUUGGUGGCAGGGAAACGGAUCGCUCAGGCCACAGGCAGAGAGCUGGGCGUGGUGGAGGACCAGGAUCUGAUCCGAAAGCACCAGUUCUUGUCUGAAGCCCUGCAAUGGAGAGCCCAAACUGACCCAGACCAUGUUCUAUAUGUGCUGCUCAAUGCAAAGGGGGUGGCAGUGUGCACAGCCACUUGUGCUCAGCUACACAAGAGAGCAGAGAAAAUCACAGCUACCCUUUUGGAGAGAGGGGGCCUCAACACAGGAGACAACGUGGUGCUGCUUUAUCCCCCAGGUAUUGACCUGAUCGCUGCCUUCUAUGGCUGUCUCUAUGCGGGGGUCAUCCCUGUGACGGUGAGGCCGCCCCAUCCUCAGAACCUGGCUGCUACUCUCCCCACUGUCCGCAUGAUCAUCGACGUGAGCAAAGCAGCCUGCAUCCUCACCACUCAGCCUCUCAUGAGGAUCCUCAGGUCCAGGGAGGCUGCUGCCAGCGUCAACGUCAAGACAUGGCCCACUAUCAUCGAUACAGAUGAUCUCCCCAGAAAGCGGCCUCCACACAUCUACAAACCCCCUACAGCUGAGAUGUUGGCUUACCUGGACUUCAGUGUUUCUACCACAGGCAUGUUGACUGGAGUCAAGAUGUCUCAUGCUGCAGUCAGUACUCUGUGCCGCUCCAUUAAGCUGCAGUGUGAACUCUACUCCUCACGCCAAAUAGCCAUCUGCCUGGACCCAUACUGUGGCCUGGGCUUCGUCCUGUGGUGCCUCUCCAGUGUUUACUCAGGUCACCAGUCCAUCCUUAUCCCUCCACUGGAGCUGGAGAGCUCGCUGCCUCUGUGGCUGAGCACGCUCAGUCAGUACAAGAUCAGAGACACAUUCUGCUCCUACUCUGUCAUGGAGCUCUGCACCAAGGGCCUGGGAACGCAGACAGAGAUGCUGAAGGCGCGGGGUCUGAAUCUGUCAUGUGUGCGGAGCUGUGUGGUGAUAGCAGAGGAGCGGCCUCGCCUCGCCCUCACGCAGUCCUUCUCCAAGCUCUUCAAAGAUCUCGGCUUGUCGCCACGAGCCGUCAGCACUGCCUUUGGCUCUAGGGUCAACCUGGCCAUCGGCCUGCAGGGCACCGCUGGACCGGAUCCUUCCACCGUUUAUGUUGACAUGAAGUCUCUGCGUCACGACAGGGUGAGGCUGGUGGAACGAGGAGCGCCACAGAGUCUUCCACUCAUGGAGUCAGGCACUAUCCUGCCGGGGGUGAGGGUCAUCAUAGUGAACCCAGAGACCAGAGGCCCGCUGGGGGAUUCCCAUCUUGGAGAGAUCUGGGUGAACAGCCCUCACAGUGCCAGUGGCUACUACACCAUCUAUGGGGAGGAGAGCCUGCAGGCAGACCACUUCAACACCAGACUCAGCUUUGGGGAGCCCCACACUCUGUGGGCCAGGACUGGCUACCUGGGCUUCAUCAAGAGGACUGAGCUGCUGGAUGCAAGUGGAGAUCGUCAUGAUGCCUUGUUCGUGGUCGGCUCUCUUGAUGAAACGUUGGAGCUGAGGGGAUUACGUUAUCACCCCAUCGACAUCGAGACGUCUGUGUCUCGAUCUCACCGCAGCAUCGCAGAGAGUGCUGUGUUUACAUGGACCAACCUGCUGGUGGUGGUGGCGGAGCUGAGCGGCUCGGAGCAGGAGGCCUUGGACCUGGUGCCCCUCGUCACCAACGUGGUCCUGGAGGAGCACCACCUCAUCGUCGGGGUGGUGGUCAUCGUGGACCCCGGGGUGAUUCCCAUCAACUCCAGAGGAGAGAAGCAGAGGAUGCACCUGCGAGACUCCUUCCUGGCAGACCAACUGGACCCCAUCUACGUGGCCUACAACAUGUGAUCGCCCUUCGCCUACUGAUGAAAAUGCAGAAAACUGAGCCCAGCUCUGAGAACAGACGUAGAGGGAGAAGGACUUGGGGGGUGCGUACAGUAGCUUACCCCAAUGUUUAAACCUCAGACACACAUUCAAAACACCAAACAAUAUUAGGAAUGCUAGUACAGUACCAGUACUGUAACGAGAACGUGCUUCCCUCUCAGAAACUUCCUUGCUUCCACCUGCUCGAUCGCCGCGGUCCAGGUUCACUGAGAGUUUUGCUUUGGGGGGAAAUACGAGACACAUCUGUCAACAGGAGGAAAUUUGAUCUGCAAUCCUCUCUGCGCAUCCCGCUUCUCCCUCAUCGCUCCAAUUCAUGCUUUUUUUUUUAAAGACAUUUUUAAGUACAUACUCUCAUCAAUGAAAACGAAAUCCUCCCCACUCUCCAUUCCUCGGUUUUUAUGCUGAACCAUUCAUCCUCCUGAGUGCUUGUUUUGUUUUUUUUUUGUUUUUUUUUUACCCCCCUUGCUUCUUGAUGGCAGGAUGGUGCACCGGAACUGCUAAGAGGAGCUGGAACUUUCCCCCUUGCACUUUAAGUCCUCGCACCUCUGAGUCCACUUCCUGUCUCGCCUGCCUCAAGGAGACAACCCCCCCAUGUGUUUGCUGCUUUCACACGAGCAAAUCCACAUCAGUAUUAAAAAAAAAAAGAAAAAGUGCCACCAGCAAGUGCGGCCGACAUGGGCAGUUCUGACAUAUUACCUUGCGACCAGGCUCACCGUGGCUUUCACCUCCCGUCACAUACUGUAUACGCCAGCAGACACGCUGUCACACAAAAUGUCCUAAAAAAAAAUGCACUUGAAUCAUUUGUUGGUGUGGGAAAAGAAAGACUAGCUUCAUGAACAUACAAACCUGGAUGAGCUCUGAUGGGCAGAAAACAGAUUCUUCAUUUUCAGUAUGAGUAGGAGUUGGUCCGUUAGAUAGCUCUUAUGAUUGUGAUCGUACUAAUACAGUUUUUUUUUAAAAGCACCAUUUUUCAGAAGAAGAGUUGAAGCUAUACCUGGUGUUUGGGUGUGUAUGCUAAUUGGGAGUGCAAUCAAUGUCUAGACGCGGACCGAGGGGUUAAAAAAAAACAACCUGUAACGUGCAGAAGAGUCACACAGCAGUGUACUGGUUGGCUUGGCAGUGACUAUGCUGAAUAUUUUGGGAGAACUUAGCCCCAGUUUGAGCCUCACAUGUAUUACUAUUAUAUUCCAGUCGCAGCACGUAGCAUCUGUUUCUCUGACAAAUAAUUACCUGUUGACCUUUGAAAAACACUGAAGGUUAUUUAACAACUUUCACUGUUGGUGUGAAGGUAUUUCCAGAAUCUUAACGGCUUUCCUUAAAAUAAAUAUUCCAUCUGUUACCAGAUAAAAAUGAUUUUUAACCUGUUUCUCAAGUUGCGACUCAGUUUCAGCGCUUCGUUUUCCCCAGGCUGCCAACCAGGCUGGGCUUCAGAAGUCAUAUUCCAUGACAGAUAAUUUAUUUUUUUAUUUCAAGGUCAAUAAAAUGAUACAAUAACAGUUAAGUAUUUACACCUACUGGCCAGUCACACAGCCAGGAUGAGAGAAGUGAAGAAAUUAUCCGUGGUAUUAUGUCUUCCCUUCCCCCAGGAAUGGCUCUGCCAGUCUCAGCACCGCGCUCUCUCCCAUGAGUUGACCUCUGCUCCGCGUCUCCUGCUUUCCCAGAAACGGAGCCCCGUUCAACAUGUAUUUUUCAUAGCGUGAGAGGCACAAACUGGGGUUAGGCAGUGCUGGUGGAUUCAAGUUUUGAAAAUAGCAGUUGAUUAAAACAAAAUAUCAACUCAUGGUCUGCUUGUUCCAGAGCUUUUGAUCAUAAUACAUAGUCUUCAUUAGCAGAUGGGGUUUUCUCAGUUUUUAUGGACUUUUCAAAGUCCUAAGAGUGCUCAGAACUGAGGAAAGUUUGAACAUCUAGAGAGCAAAUAAGGUUGUGUAACACAGCCGGGAGGUCCAGAACAAACUAGCAAGUGUCCCUGGAGAUGACAUUUUUUGUUGAGGGUUAGCAGAGUUUACUGGCUUAAACUGAUGCGAGCUGCUAGCUUACGGUCCGUGUGACCCAUCUUGAAGAAAAGAGCAUCUUUCAUUGAAUCUUAGCAUCACAGUUGAUUAGGGAAAUGUAGAUAAUUAGAAGGCAAGUCAGUGCCUUUAUACAGUAAAGCACCAUGGUUGCAUUUCUGAUUAUGGACUGUUGAAUUUCUAAAAGAUAUCCAGAAUGAGGACUGAACUUUGCCUUACUGAAACCUGUGGAACUUUUUAUUUUUGAAUCCUCAUUUCUAGCUGUGCUUUUAGUGUAAAUGAAGAACUUUUCCACUGACUUUGACACAUGGAAUCAAGACACCAGUUUAUAACUCAAAACACACAUAUCACGUUUUUAGAGGAGGGUUGGGGGGGGGGGUUGUUCUUUUUAAGUUUGCAGUCAUGCCUUUCUCAUUUCAUCAAUAUGCCAUUUAAACCAAUUCUUUAUGAAUGUUUGUAACACUGAAAAAAAUAAAUAAACGAAAAUUAGGAAUGAACAAUCAGAGUAACAGUUAUAAGCAACCCGUGUUAAAAAAAAAAGUCAGAAUCCUCCUUUAAAAGGCAACAGGAGGUGAUUAAUGAGGGUAAGGAUGUCGUCUGUAUACUGUAUUUUAGAGGUCAAAUACUGUAUUACUGGUGUUAAUGUGUACAUGGAAAUGAACUUUGUUGAUAAAACUUGACUGAUCUUUCAUACUUGACAGCAUUUUUCUGCAUUGUUAAUUUAAUGGUAUCACAUCGCAAAAGAGCAAAAAGUUUCCGAUUAUUUUGGUAGGAACAAUGUGCACUUUCCCAAUAUCAUUUUAUGUGUGUGUGUGUGUGUGUGUCUGAGUGUGUGUGUGUGUGUGUGUGUCUGAGUGUGUGAGUGAGUGUGUGUCCAGUUUAACAGUGAUAUUUGGCUUUUCUGGUGCAACAAGGUUUGCCUUUUUUUUUUUUUUUUUUUUAAUGAAAAUGAUCCCAGAAUAUUGAACCAUUUUUUAAAAUUUCUUCUUCUUUUUUCUUUUUUUUUUUUUUAAUGUCGCCACCACUGUAUUUUAAUUCUUUCCAUCCAAAAUUGGAAUUUAAUAUAUUUUAUAGGGGUUUCAUCAAUAUUUUCCUGAUGUAAUCUUUCUUUGAAACUGCACAACUUCUGCAAAAAGCUUGACAUUCGACACAUCGAUAAACCACUCUCCAUUCAGUGACGCACACUGACAUGUAUGCGAGCCAGUAUCUGGGGCAAGUCUCACGAAUAAGUGAACCUUCUGAGCUACUCUGUGAUAAUUGCUUUGUUGCUACUGUUUCACUCGGACAAGUUUUAAUAAAGUUUUAUAAUUUCAUGUUGGCCUUCAAGCCUUUUCAAUAGACAUUGGUGCUAUUCAAUAAGGGAAAGUUAACAGACUUUUGUCCUCCAAUGUCAUUACAAAGGUUUUAUUUCUGGACGCCCUUUUUUUGUGUGAAAAUAAGUCGUUCUUUUUCCAUGCCAACAUUUUCAAACUUCUCACUCACUGCUCUGUUCUAAAAUUGUUCAUCAUCACCAGUUUUCAUCAGCUCCGAGAUCUGAUGAAAAAUCUCUCAACAAGCAACUCAACACGGACAAUGCAAGCUGACACACACACGCCCGCCAUUUUCAUUCUGAUAUUUAUUUCAGUUUUAACAAGUUGUCGUGUUGUGAGGAAUGGCGCUCAUUUUCAAACCUCCAAAGUUAUUCUAAGCACAAAAUGUACAUGAGGUAAUGAAAUUAGGAUCUUUCACACACAAAAAAAACAACAACAAAAAACUCAAGGGCCCACAAUGUAUACCUCAACGACUGUCUGUUCACUAUGCAUCGUCGAGCUGCAGCAAAGACAUUCUGAACUAGUCAAUGGUGCGAUAACUUCUAACAACAUGUCUUACUUGACAAAACACUGUCACAGUGUCAUUGGAUGUGUUUCAUGUCAAAUAAAAAAAAUGCUUUGUCAGAG